GAAUAAUUUCACAGCAUUAGAGGAUAUAGAUUUUCUUUGUGGUUUUAAAAUACUUCAUACAUUUAAACAUCUGGCCAGAUUUGAAGAAAAUGAAACACAAUUUAGUGAUUCGAAAGAAUGGGCUGGAACUUCAUGGUUUGUCUUAUAUUACGAUCCAAAUUGUAUGUUGCUUCAAUUAUUUUAUGAUGGUUCACAAAUUUAAAAAUACAGUCUAUUUGGUUGGCUAUAUAAUUGUCACUGUUACUCCACCUUGAACUUAUUUUUGCUAACAAAAAGUCAUCAAAAAUUUGACACAUCAAAAAUUUGGCACGUCAAAUUAAUGUUCAAUUUGCGUAUUAGGCCGAAGGAUAACUAUGCACUCGAUAUAGGUGCACUCGAAUUCAAUAAACAUACAAUGAAGGGCUACCGUAAAUUGAUGAAAUGGGAAAAGCUGGUAUCAAAUCAUUUGGUUAACGACAGUGUUACAGUAGAAGCAGAUUUAAACGUCUUUAACUUAGCAGGAUAUAAAAUCUUCGACAAAUCUACGACAAAAAAGUUUGUACUUUCACAACAGUUUUCUGAUGUGUCCCGCAUUGAAGAAGGUGAAAGUAGGUUUAGUAGAUUCGAGAAACGAUUCAAUAUACCAUGGAGGAUAGAGUUACAGCGAGUAUCAGGCUUUCUCGAGAUUCACCUGCAUCGUGGUAUAGAAAUUGAAAAACCUGACGAUGUAUUUACUAUAAUCAAAGCGGACUGUUGGUUCAAUUUGGUGUCAACCAACGGAAAGAACUUGAUGAGACAAAUGUCUGCGGUGUUCUGCAGAGAUGUUGAUAUGGAGAGCUUGAAAAAAGUCAUUAGAUGGGACGAUAUGAUGACAGAUUAUGUAAUCAACGACAGCUUUAUCAUUGAGGCUCAUAUCGAGAUUUUGAGAAUCAUUGAAAAAAAGAACUUUAGUCCUAACUGGUUAUCGUACAUGAAGCCAGUAUUUUAUGAAAGAUGUUUUUAUAUAACCUGUAAAGUUAACAAUGUUUCAAGAUUUCAAGAUGGUGAGAAACAAUGGGGUAAUACGGAAUUACGAUAUGAUAUUCCGUGGAGAAUCCAAACAAAAAGAUCUUUGGACUUUCUCGAAUUGUAUCUUUUCUGUGAUGAAGAUGACAAUGUUUCAAAGAAGUUAAUUCAAACAAAAUGUACGUUCAAUUUGGUUUCUACAAACGGGAACAACUAUAGACGAACAUCUAAACUCUGUUUUGAAAAGCCAGGCGGUCAAGGCAUCAGUGGAUUUUUUAAAUGGAACGACAUGAUAGAGUCUUUUCUCAAUCCGCUUGAAGACAGUUUGAUCGUCGAAGCUCAUGUUAAAAUUUUCAUGGUUGAAGAAUUUUCGCGUAAAAUUCUGCAAAACGAAAGAAGUUUUUUGAUGUCACAUGUGGUUAGAAACGUUUCGAAUAUGGUAGAAGGAGGAGUAAUUUUUAGCGCUUCGCAAGAAUGGUACGACAUUCCAUGGAGUAUUUCUAUGAAGUACAUCAAUGGAUUUGUUGAAUUACUUCUAAGUUGUGACAAAGAGUUAAACGCGCAUGAAGCAUGGAGCAUCGAAACUAAUUUUCAACUGAUACUUGUUGGAGCAAAUGGUAAAAGACUCACUGACUAUUUUGAGCAUACUUUUGAAAAGCCCGAUUCGAUUGGGGAUUCGAAACUCAUUAGAUGGGAGGAUAUGUUGGAUCAGUAUGCGGUGGAGGAUAGUUUGACAGUUGAAGCACGAGUGAAUUUUAUAAUGCUUAUCGAACCUCAACCGGAGUACUCGUUCAUAAUGUCUCAUACCGUCAAAAAUCUAUCAAAUGUUCAUGAAGGAGAAUUUCAUUUCAGCAAAACCGAAAAACAUUGUGAUGCUCCAUGGAGGAUUUCCUUGAAAAAAGAAGAAAUGUGUCUAUUGAUAUAUCUCCAUUGUGACAAGUUGUUAUCUAACGAUGAACACUGGUCUGUUUAAGUCGAGGUUCAACUUGUUUUGGUGUCAGAAACUGGAAGAACUUUAACUGACAAGGUCGCUCACAUUUUCAACGAACCGGAAGGAAUUCAUUGGACUAAACGUUUGGAAUGGGAAGACCUGGAGAGGGAUUUUAUGGUUGAUGACAGCGUUAAAAUUGAAGCUCGUGUCAAGAUAGUGGAACAUGUCGAAAUUGAAAAUGAAGCGAUUAUUGGAGACUUUUAUAACUUCGAGGAGUGAUUUGAAAUAUUCUCAUUUGAUAAUUUUUUCAUAUAAAUGUAUUUUUCUGAAAAA